ACCGUUUUCUCGAAAAUGUUGACGAAGUCUUCAAGCAUAACGCGUGGUAUAAUAGUCGCUACUAUAAUUAGAAAUUAUUAUAAAAUACCUAAACCUAUUACUGAAAAUCUCCAAGAAUUAGAGGAAACUAGACAUAGGAAAAAGCCAAUUGGUGGUUCACGGUAUUUGAAGGACAAGAACCAUGUCUAUAUGUUUAAUUCAUGGGACAAUGUUGAAUGGAAUGCUGAACAAGAAGAAGCAGCCAAAAUAAAAGUACAACAAAAUUCAGUCGAGAAAUUACCUGAUGACAAACAAAAGUCCUUGGAAGAAAAUGCAGAUAAACACUGGGAUUCAUUUUAUGAUAUACAUCAAAAUAGAUUCUUUAAAGACAGGCACUGGUUAUUUACUGAGUUUCCGGAAUUAGCCCCAGAUAAUACAUUAGCACCUGUUCGGGUAUACCCAAACUGUCAAAACAAAACUACCCACAGCAACAUAAGUAAACUGGAUAAUAAACGAUACAUAUUUGAAGUAGGUUGUGGUGUGGGAAAUACUAUUUUUCCAAUACUACAAUAUAGUAAAGAUCCAAAUUUAUUUAUUUAUGGCUGUGAUUUCUCAUCAAAAGCUGUUGAUAUCAUGAAACAAAAUGCAUUAUAUGAUACAGAAAGGUGCAAUGUAUUUGUAUUGGAUGCUACACAACCUGAAUGGAAUGUCCCCUUUGAAGAAAAUUCUGUAGAUAUAAUUGUACUAAUAUUUGUAUUAUCUGCAAUAGAUCCAGCCAAAAUGCAAACAGUCAUCAAUAAUAUUUAUAAAUACUUAAAACCAGGUGGUUUGGUGGUAUUUCGUGAUUAUGGUUUAUAUGAUUUGGCUCAAUUACGAUUCAAAAAAGGUCGAUGCAUAUCAGACAAUUUCUAUGCUCGUGGAGAUAAUACCAGGGUUUAUUUCUUCACACAAGAUGAGAUAGCGUCAUUGUUUACAUCUGCUGGUUUUACAGAAGAACAGAAUUUAAUAGAUCGGAGACUCCAAGUGAAUAGAGGAAAAUUGUUAACUAUGUACAGGGUAUGGAUACAAUGCAAAUAUAGAAAACCAACAUAUAUAUAA